AUGUAUCGAGCUCGAAUGUUUCGACCCUCGUUGGAACUGUCUAAUUUGUUUAUCAUAUGGUUCUGUUCAGUCGAGAGCGGGGUUGAUUACACAGUUGGAGGUGGUCCUAGAACCUUCCAGUUCUGUGCCUACAAUGCUUAUUCCAUCGAUGGGCGAAAAGUUCAACAUUUUGGUGGUGUUGGAAAUGGUCGAGCAGCAGAUGGAGGUUUUGGAAGUGCAAGAACCGGCACGGGAAGCAAUAUAGGCAGCGGGGGAGGAGCCAAAAUUGGUGAAGGAGGCAGCAUAAGUGCCGGUGGAGGAGGAAAUGUAGGUGAUGGUGUAGGAGUUGGUGAUAGUGCAAGUGGAGGAGGUGGAAGAGGUAACAUAGGUGGUGGUGUUGUUGGAGGUGGAAGCGGUAAUGUCGAGGGAGGAGGCAACAUUGGUGCUGGUGCAGCAGGAGGUGGAAAUGUUGGUGUAGGUGGAGGAGGUAGUAUAGGUGGUGGUGCCGCUGGAGCUGGAAAUGUUGGUGCAGGUGCAAGAGGUAACAUAGGUGUCGGUGUCGGGGGUGGUGUUAUUGGAGGUGGAAGUGGUAAUGUAAGGGGAGGGGGCAACAUAGGUGGUGGUGCAAGAGGGGGUGGAAAUGUCGGUGUAGGUGGAGGAGGUGGUGUAGGUGUUAGUGGUAGUGCAAGUGGAGGAGGUAAUGUAGUUGGUGAUUUUGGAGGAGGUGAAAGAGGAAACAUAGGUGGUGGUGCUACUGGAGGUGGAAAUGUUGGUGCAGGUGAAAGAGGUGGCAUAAGUGGUGGUGCAGGAGGUAGUGUUGGUGGAGAUGCAGGUGGAAGCGGUAAUGUUGGGGGAGGAGGCAACACAGGUGAUGGUGCAGGAGGAGGUGGAAAUGUUGGAGUAGGUGGAGGAGGUAAUAUAGGUACUGAUGUAAGAAGUGGUGUGGGUGUUGGUGGUGAUGCUAGCGGAGGUGGUACUGUAGGUGGUGCUGUUGGAGGAAGUGAAAGCAUUAGUGCAAGUGAAGGAGAUAACAUAAGUAAUGGAACAAGUGGAGGUAGAAAUGUUGAUACAAAUGGAAGCAGUAGCAGCAAUGGUGGUGUUGAUGACGGUGGAAGUAAGUAG